ACCAUAAAAUCACAACACAAAACCAUUUAGCAAAGCAAAAGAAAAUGGUAAACACAGAAGUCUCAAUGGCUUCUUCAAUCACACUUUUAGUAGUAUUGAUUUCUCUGAGUUGGCCAUUCUUUGCUGAGGCAGAUGGUUACUAUAGUUACAAAUCACCACCACCUCCAACUCCAGUGUACAAGUAUGCAUCACCUCCACCCCCGGUUUACAUAUACAAGUCACCACCACCUCCAACACCAGUAUACAAGUCUCAACCUCCGCCUACCCCUGUUUACAAAUAUAAAUCACCACCACCACCCACUCCUGUAUACAAGUACAAGUCCCCACCACCACCUACCCCAGUCUACAAGUACAAAUCACCACCACCACCAACCCCAGUGUACAAAUACAAGUCACCACCACCACCCACCCCAGUGUACAAGUACAAAUCUCCUCCACCACCAACUCCGGUUUACAAGUAUAAAUCGCCACCUCCUCCCACCCCAGUGUAUAAGUACAAGUCACCACCACCACCAACCCCAUCCCCUCCUCCUCCCACCCCAGUGUACAAGUACAAGUCACCACCACCACCACCACCAACCCCAUCCCCUCCACCUCCUACUCCAGUUUACAAAUACAAGUCACCCCCACCACCCACCCCAUCCCCUACACCUCCUACCCCAGUUUACAAAUACAAGUCACCCCCACCACCCACCCCAUCCCCUCCUCCUCCUACCCCAGUUUACAAAUACAAGUCACCCCACCACCCACCCCGUGUACAAGUACAAAUCCCCACCUCCUCCCACUCCAAUGUACAAAUACAAGUCACCACCCCCCACCAACACCAUCCCCACCUCCUCCAACUCCAGUUUACAAAUACAAAUCACACCACCACACCCACCCCUGUCUACAAGUAUAAAUCUCCUCCCCCUCCUACCCCAGUUUACAAAUACAAGUCACCACCACCACCAACUCCAGUGCAUAAAUACAAAUCAUCACCACCACCAACUCCAGUCUACCUAUACACGUCACCUCCUCCUCCUCAUUACUAAUGAGUUAUUUAUACCGGGUUUCAUUUUUAUUUCGUCCAAAAUAUUCACGCCAACAAGUAAUAAAGCAACUUCACUGAAGGCUAAAUAAUGGAUGAUGGACACUGUACUAGUUUUCUUUCGUUUCCUUUGUCAGUAGUUAUUUGCAUGUUAUGGAACGUCGAGUGCCUUUCUUCUCAAGUGAAUCAAUGUAAUUUCCAUAUAUACUUUUUGAAUAAAUUUAUUUUCUGUCAA